AUGUUUUAUGAUCUCAUUCUUCUUCAUCCCCAACAUAAAUCGGGCCUGCGAUGGCCGUGGGUUGCGGGUACUCGUGGCGUAAAUGCGAUGAAAGUGCAAACUAUUCUAAACUGCAAUAUUACAAAAAUCAGUGAGCAGAUUGAGAUGUUCAUUAAAAGCGAAUCGCAUGAUGUAAAAAAGAGGUUUUCUCUGAGAUUUGGCGCUAUCCUUAUUAGCGGCGUCGUAAGGAUCUAUCAACGCCAGGUCAUCUUACUUUUCGAUGAAAUCAAAGCCGAACUGAUGCGGGCAAAGACGAUGACACCAAUCGAUUUCCCCAAACGAAAACUAAAACGCCCGCGACAGAAAAAAAUAAUAACCGAAACACCGGAAUCUAUCAUAGCUGUAGUAGACAAAAUCCCUGAGUUUGAGGGACCCGAUUUGGGUAUCGUCCAAGCGCGUCUCGAUGAGAUUACCUUGAGAGAACAAAUGACAGUACCAGUUCAGCAGAAUAUCGAGGCGUUUCCUGAUGAUUUUGGUCCGCCGAGGGAUGCAGAAGAUAUCAGGUGA